AUGUACCGUUUCUACUUCAAUUGUCAUCAUUGGAAACCAACACGAGAUCAAUGGGUCUACGCUAAUCGUUGCCUUCCUAGUCGAGAAAUCCAACGGAUCGAUGAAUAUGCUUACGAACGUGAUAGAAAAUCCAAUCAUUUGUUUGAUUUUAAUCUUUCGCACCACAAUCAAUUAGUUUCGAUUGCUGGGACAUUCGCCGGUCAAAUCGGUUGUGAUACAAUUCUUUAUCAAAUUUACAUUCGACGAAUUCGAACUCAUAGGAAGAAAUCCGAAGAAUUUUUAUCGUCUAUGGUCAUUGAAAGAAAGUUACGUGAAAUGAGAGAAAAUUUUUUUAGAAACGAGAUUAUUUCAGAUACAAUUUUACGAAUUAAUCAGCAAUUACCGUCAGAUAAAAUACGUUUCGAUGAACAAAUGAUAUUUUUAAACGACUACGAUCAACAACUAAUAACUUUAUGCUUAUCGACGACGAAUCCUUGUCAAUUAUUUGUUGAAUUAACUAUUGAUGAUAUUCUUCAUGGUUGCACACCAUUUGAUGAGAAUAAACAAGAAUAUUUCAUAUCCUGGGAGAGAUUUCAAACGAAAAGACAAACAGAUAUAUUUUCUUGA